AUCCGCCAAGAGGAAGAAGGCUUGAGAAGUGUGGAGCUGCCGAGUUCAUGAUGACAACUGUAACAGUGACCACAGAAGUUCCCUCAAGAGGAAAGCGAGAAGAAGAUUCUGCCUCCUAUGUGUCUCCGUCAGCUCAGGUUAUUGAAGAAACAGAGUAUGUGAAGGAGAUUCGAACUACUCUGGAAAAGAUCCGAAAUCAAAUGUUUAAAGAUGACAUAGGACAUAGCAAUGCAAAUUACAAGUUAGAGGCAGAGUGCUAUGGCAAUAUGCAAAAUGGCUCUGAUUCUGCAACAGACACUCCUUGUUUGGAUUUGCUCAGGGAAAAAAUGAGAAGAAAAGACCUGCAGCUUUUAGAAAUGAACAAAGAGAAUGAAGUAUUGAAACUCAAGUUGGAAGCUUCCAGAGAAGCAGGAGCAGCAGCUCUGAGAAACGUGGCCCACAGAUUAUUUGAGAACUACCAAAUGCAAUCUGAAGAUAUGAAGAAGAAGCAUGAGGACAGUAGACAUUUACUCCAGGUCAACAACCUUGAAAAAGAACAGAAAUUAAAGCAACAUGUUGAAAAUCUGAGUCAACUUUCGGAAAAACUUGAAGAAAAACAUAGUCAAAUCACGCAUAUGGAGAACCUUGUACAGAGGAUGGAGAAGGAAAAGAAAACACUCCUAGAAAGAAAGUUGUCUUUGGAAAGCAAGCUGCUGCAACUCAAAUCCAAUGCUGCGUGUGCACAAAGUUGCCAAGAUCUUCAAACAGAGAUUUCCACCCUCCAGGAGCAGAUCUGUCAUUUGCAGUUCGUGAUUCACUCCCAGCAUCAGAACCUGCGCAGCAUCAUCCAGGAGAUGGAAGGAUUAAAAAAUAAUUUAAAGGAACAAGAUAAAAAAAUUGAAAAUUUGAAAGAAAAGGUCACCAUACUUGAAGCCCAGAAUAAAGACCUAAAAACCAAGGUAGCACAUUGGACCGAAACUCCUAGGACAUCAGUGUCUAAGGCUGUCUCUACAAGUGAAUUGAAGAAUGAAGGUGCUUCUCCCUAUUUGAUGUUGAUUAGGCUACGGAAAUGAACUGAUUAGAUGAAGAUCUGAUUGUAAAGGACCAUGUGGACCUGAUUUAGUCCUUGAGAUUCUUAAUUCCCAUGUUAAAAUGAAAACAUACCAGUGUUUAAGUAUAAUUUAUUAUACAUCAGUCACUUUAUAGAGAGAUGAUAUUUCAGACAAUUCAGCAAAUAUUUACUGGACAGAAGGAACUCUUUUUUUCAAAACUUAGCUAAAAUGGCCAAGCAACCAGGUGCUUUCAUUUGAUGGAAGAUGAAUUCUGCUUUAAACCCAAAAGAAGAAAACCUGCAUCUUGUCCUCAGAUAUUGUGCUAAAAGGACUUUUAAAAGAUUGUCAGCUUUGACCUUUGAUAGUACUUUUCAUGUGUAGAAGUAGAAGGAAAUGUGUUCACUGUAUGAAGAAAUGUUAUACUUUAAAUUUGACUUUCAGAUAUUAAGAAAAGUCAUAACUAUGGUGUAGUUUCAUCUACUGACUUGUUAGUGGGGAAUUGUUUGCUAUUGAUUGGUAGGAAGACGAAGGAUUCUUCUAAGCUCAUUUUAUAACAAAUCCUCUCUCUAAAACUAAGGUUGCCUUGCCCCACCUUAUGAAAGUUUGCUCAGGUUUCAAUACAUGCUUCAUUUCAGGUGAGGUUUGUGAUUGCUGUGUGUAAAUAAACUUUAACAUGUAGAAACACAGAUUUACUGACACUCAGGAAAGUAGACCACACUCCAGUUAAUUAAAGAAGUAGAGGAUUUAGUCAGUCCAAAAGAUACUGACCUUUGGACCUUUGGGCCUUUGGCCAUCCACUCAGGAAAGAUACUGCCAGCCUUCCAUGUGGAAUUUGACAUAUAAGUAUCAUCUCUUACAUAAAGGCUUAUAAGGUGAGGUAAA